CAUACCAUUUUAGUUAUCAAUCAUUGCAAAGGACGCUUGAUGAUGGAUCAAAUAGACCCUCAAGUGGUACCUCUCUUCCAAGGCUUAUUAUCUCUAGAACAAGUAUAUGAGAAAGGUCGAGAAAUACAACGAAAAGCUUUGGAAAGAGAAUUCAACUAUCGUUGUGUCGAAGGUUUCUAUUUUCUAAGGAUAGGAUUACGAAAGAAUCCCUUUUUUGAGCAUAUACAACAUAAAAAAGCUUUACAAGAUGGUUGUAUACUUGAAGUGGGUUGUGCUUUUGGAAUAGACGGUCGUGACUUGGUGCUUUCACAAGGAGUGAAACGAGAAAACUAUUUGGGAAUAGAUGUGUCGCGCACUUUUAUUGACUUGGGUUUUGAGCUUUUUGAAGAUAAGGAUAAAAUGGAGAACUGUUUUGCUGUCAAAAGUAUAGGAGAUGAGGAUUGGGUUAGUUUUGUAAAGUCGAAACUCAAGAGAGUGGAUGUGGUCGUUGCUACCUUGGUGUUACACGUGAUACCAAAGGAGUGCAGAGACUUUGUCAGCAAAGUGUAUCAACUAUUGGAACCUUAUCAGGGUGUAUUUAUAGGAGAGACUAUGGGAAUUGAUUUGCCUGAUGAGGAACCUUUUUAUUUUGAAAGACAUGAUAGUCCAAGAGUGUGUCAUACAAGUGUAUCUCUUACCAAGUUGUUCAAGUCUGUUGGUUUUAAAAGAGUAGAAACUAUCUUUUUAUCUCGUUGGACAAGAGGUGGAGAAGGAAUAACUGCAACUUGUGAGGAAGAUGAAGAAAAGGUUAAGAACCGAGCACGUUUAGCUUUUAUUGCCUUUGCAUAAUAUAUGGUUUUGGCCAUUUUUUGGUAAUAAAAAUAGUUUAAGUAUUUUGGA